UAAGAAAUAAAUAUUUUCUCAUGGUGGCAUCAUGGAGCACGCGCUCCCAUAUCCGCGCACACGCGCCCAGACUCCAGCAGGAGACCCGAAACUAACAAAACAAAUAAAAAAUCUUUAAUUAUUUACUGUUAAACUGCACUCAGUUUGAAAUGACGUCGCUCACAUAGAGCCGAGUCAAGGGCAAAGGGGUAACCGGUGAAAGGAAAGAAGUUCCUGGAAACAGCAGAGGUGGGACGCCGCGGUUCAAACUGCGAGAUUCCUCAGAGGCUUGACUUCUCUGCUCAGUGCACAGCCAUCACAAACUCUGAGAGAAACACGGCAGCUGAUCUCCUGUUGUCAUCCAGAUUACAUUCACAGCUCGGCGGACUGCAGGAGCGAUUCAUCCUGACAUGUCACUUUGGGCAAAGUGUUUGCGACAACAGCAAUAGGUAUGAGCACUGCAUCAUCGUAAAGCAAAUUUUACAAACUGCUGUUCCUUGGAUCAACUUCCUCAUGAGCCUCUCGUGACUUUCCUUCAGCCAUGAGUGGAAAAAGUUGUCAGCUCCUGGUGUCUCCUUGCAGCGUGUCCCCGUCACUGAGCAUGAUCAGAGGACACCAGUCCCAGUCCAUCAGGCUGCCCAUGUCCUCCCCGCAACUGGCCGAUCUAAGUCCCUCCUCGGGCAUGGAGAAAGUGACAAGAGGAGCCAUACACUCCUUUGCUUCUGGGAAACAGAGCGGAAGCCAUGUUGUGCUGCCAACCCUGAGCCUCCGCAGACAGGUGCUGACCAACGGGAAACAUCUGAACAUAUCAACUGCAUCCCCACAGCAGCAUGUGCCUAUACAUCAUCCUACAACCAAAGCAGUGACAGCUACUGUACAGAAUGGACGUUGCUCCUCUAACAGCUUCAAAGCAGGUUGCUCAGUGUCUGGAGCUACCAUGGCAGUUCUUGGUCAGCCAGCCGCUGCUAACCUGACAGUGACCAGCAGUCCCAUGACUGUUGUGACAGGCCAACGAUAUACUGCACAACAUCCUCCAUCACAUCCACACAGUGUGCAGAUUCCCCACACUGACGCCAGAUCCGUACAGUCCAGAGAAUCCCUGGCAUCCACUACUCUGAGUCUGUUUGAAACACAGUCAGUGUUCAGUGGCAGACACGACUGGUCGUACGGCUACCGUGUGCUUCCUCCACUGGGUCAGUGCUCCAACCAGGCAAGCGAGGGAGGGGAGCAGCUGAGCCUCCCACCUGGCACGGCCAUGUCCGGCACAACCAUAUCAGGUGGCACUAGCACCUCUGCUUCCCUGCCCUCGUACCUCUUUGCAUGUGAUGCCGGGAGCCCCAGACAGUCUCGUGCAAAAAAGAGAGCUCUCUCCAUGUCGCCUUUGUCGGACGUCAUGGGUAUUGAUUUCAACUCCAUCAUACGCACAUCACCUACUUCACUCGUGGCUUAUAUCAAUGGUUCCCGCAGCUCUCCAGCUUCCCAUCCUACACUCUCACCUGUCCACUCUGAGGGGUACGGUCACUUCCUGGGUGUGAGAGGCAGCUGCAUCCCCCACACCCAUCCCUACAGCACACCAGGCUCUUCACAGGCUCUGGCCCCACAGACAGAUUACGGCCGUAUGCAGCUGCUUGAAGAGGGAGGGGGUCUGGAGAGCCAGAUGGCGAACAUGGUGGUGGACCAGCAGUGUCUCCCAGAGGAAGGAGGGGCACUGGAGAGGACUUCAGCGAGCUGCAGCCAAACCACCAACAACCUGCUGCCUCCUCCACAGUUGCAGCCAACACUGCUGACUACCAUCCAAGAAGCUGCUACUCCACAGGGGCCUCCACCACCCUACCACUCACACCAGCACAUCCACCUCACUAGACGUCACUGCAAAAUAAAGCCGCCCUCUCAGGACCCUCUCACACACGCUCCCAUGGUCCCUACCAGGCAUGGGAUGAGCUUUCUACCACAGGUCCCUAUGCUGGAGGAGGAAGAAGGGGAGCUGGAGGACUAUGGGGCCCACUGCUGCAGGUGGUUGGACUGCAGUGCAGUGUAUGACCAAAGGGAGGAGCUGGUAAGGCACAUAGAAAAACUACAUGUGGAUCAGCGGAAGGCAGAGGAUUUCGCAUGCCACUGGGUGGGCUGUCCACGCAACUUCAAGCCCUUCAAUGCUCGAUACAAGCUUCUUAUCCACAUGAGGGUCCAUUCAGGAGAGAAACCCAACAAGUGCACGUUUGAGGGCUGCAAGAAAGCUUUCUCUCGGCUGGAAAAUCUGAAGAUCCACCUACGUAGCCACACAGGGGAGAAACCGUACGUGUGUCAGCACCCAGGAUGUCACAAGGCCUUCAGCAACUCGAGUGACAGAGCCAAACACCAGCGUACACACCUGGACACAAAGCCAUAUACGUGCCAGGUGCCUGGCUGCGCAAAGCGUUACACUGAUCCCAGCUCCUUGAGGAAACACGUGAAAUCCCACUCCACUAAAGAACGGCAGUUGCGGAAGAAGAUGAAAUCCACUGCUGAUGUGCCUCAGGACACACUGACGGACUGUUUAACCAUCCAUCCUCUGCAACCAAGCCUUUCUCCCCUGACGAGGAUAGACCCUUCCCCUGGUGCAUCCCAUGAGUGUAUACCAGAGUAUUCUGCUGCUCCACAGGGGCGAGACUCCACCAGCAAUCCUCACCUGGCUCUGUUGUGCUCCUUGCAAGACAAUUACAGGUUUGUUGAUCCCUCCCCCCACCAGCUCCCCCCUGGGGACCAAUGCGGGCCCUGCUCUCCCACCCGCCUCCCGCAUCCUCCCAAUGGGACAUCCCUGCAGAACAACCAAGAUCUGAAGCAGCCCAGCCAGCCUCCUGACAUAGCAGAUCACAAUCCAGAGCUCUCAGGGCAGAUUAAGAUGCUAUAUUCUCCCCCACAAUAUGGAGGGAUCACAGCACAGACCGGCUCGAGUCACCUGAUGCAAGUUGAUGCCUUUGGUGACAGCCUCGCUCAGGCAGUCAAUAAUCCCAGUGGGGUGGCCACCUCACAAACAGCUCUUUCCUGCAUUACAGGUGCAUCAGCAGGAUUUGAUGUCCGCAGCCAGGCGCAGGAUGGGGCUCCUAAUCAAGAGCUGCAUGGAGGGGAUUUCUUCAGUGUGGUGGACCACCGCACAAGCCAGGUGUCCUGCAUCUACACAGAGGGAUGAUGUUACUCCGAUGUUGGUUUUGUUCCCUUGCACUAUUUUGUGUCCCCUCUCAUUUAGUCAAACAGUCUAUAGGAAGAACACUUUAGAUAGCAAACUGGUGGCAGCUUCAUUUAGUGAAAUAAAAGCAUAUUUGAUUGAUUGAUUGGUUGAUUGAUAAAACAGUCCAAGAUGCUGCUCCCUGGGUCUUGAAGGAAAUGACUCACAUUCGCAAUGCAAGUUUCUCUCUCUCUUUGACUAAAUCUCUAUAAAUGUACUAUCUGACUCAACACUCCGGCUUCUGCCUCCAUAAUCACUGUAUACUAAUGUCUGAGCCUACAGGAUUUUUUUUUUACGUUUACUUCCCCAGUUUGUAUACAGCUUGUGUAUAACAAUGUUAAUGUAGUGAGUACUUAAGAUAGUUUAUGGUGUCAUUUUGCACAAUGUUCAACAUUGCAAUCAAAGCAGUGUAUGCAAGGGAUCAUUUAUUAAGGUUUUUCUUAGAACCAUGGCUUUGUAACUAUAGUAACAAGGCAGCCUCACCAUUUCACUGUAAUGUUCAGAGACUUAACCUGUUGUUUAGAGUAUAGUACUGUAAUGCGCUUUGAUUGCUCCUGUGCCUAGAUCAUGAAACAGUGACCGUACCAGUGAUUUAACAUGUUUUGGUUUAUUCACUGCAAAUUACACACACUUCACAAGUUCACAUUGCAGUUGAUGUUUUUGAAUAGCAUGGUAUGUGUAACAUGUUUUUGAUUCUGUUCUUCUAUAGUGGUGAAUUUCAGUUGAGACUUGAGAUAGGUGAACUACUCUGUUCAUUAUAGCUGUCUUUAUUUUUACCAGUUAUUUUACUGCAGUGCAGACUUUUCACUCCAGCUCACACUUUGAGCUGCUCAAACAUGUAACCAUAUCACAACUUUUAGUUAAAAAAAAAAAAAAAAAAAAGCAGACAUGAUGAUCACCAGGAUUACCCAAAACAAUUUGCAGUCACUAGAAGAAAAUGUUGGCAUUGUGCAUUUUUGCAAAUUCCAGAUGUGUUACAUUUGUACAUUUUGUACAUAUCAUAUCAAUGUUUUUAAAGGGAUGCUGAUGACAUGUAGCCUAUAUGCAUCAUCUGGAGGUGGACAGGAUGGUGGAUGGAGUGACACCUAGGUGAGAUGCUUGCCAAGCUGCAGGCAGUGCCGGCCCAUGGCAUAGGCAGUGUAGGCAAAUGCUAAGGGCACCGUUAUCCAUAGGGGACACCAGAAAUGGGGGACGGAAAAAAAAUCAAAAUGUUUAUCUUUUACUGUUUCUUACUUAUACUAUUACUACUGUUGUUUUGAAAUAUUACGUAAGGCUACAACAUAACUACAUAGAAAAGCCUACCAAAUAAUAGACAGGCCUUUUUUGUGGGUUCCUGCCACCCCUGCCCCCCUCCUCAACUCCUUUACCUGCUCUCUCGGAGAGAUGGGAGAGUUAUCUGACAUCAUGUGAACCCGAAACACGUUGUAUUGUCACAAGGGGGAGGCUCACCCAGGGUACCAAAUGUGCUAGGCUGCAGGCCACUGUUUAAGACCAACAGACCACAAAAAAAGCUUGUUUUUUAGCAAGAUAUCGCUGUCUUUCUAGCGGCGAUUGUGCCAGCAAAACUGGAUGUUUUUUAGCAAGACAUCGACAGCAUUUCCAGCCUUGUUACAACAUAAAGAAAGGUAAAGUUUCAAGAUAUCUAAUAACAUACAUUAAUGUGACCUAUCCAUGGUUUGCAGGAACACACAAUGACUACAUUUAUUCUGGUGACUGAUUGAGUUGAAAAAAACUACUCAAACUUCAUCACCAUCAGCAGCAAUGUAAAGUCUACAUGAUUUGUAGCAAAUGGACUAAAAUGUGCAAAAACACUGUUAUGGUGCCUCAGUUUUUGAAUAUAUUUGAAAUGAUUUGUAUCCUUGUUUGUCAUUUGUCACACCUUGUGUCUCUGAGUGAUAUGACAAUGCACCUAACUCUCUUGUGGAUCAGUUCAUGGUGGCUAAUUUCAUUUGUUAGAGCUCACCACACAGAUCACACAAGGUUACAGUUCCCCACACAUACAACACCCUGCAAGUGAUGAAGAAGACAUGUAGUGCUUUUGCACA